AACCGCUCAGCCCUUGCUUUGGAGCUGCGCGUACUUGUCCAGCGACAUCUGCAGCCGUCCGACAUGCCGCCCACACCCGUCAAAGCCGUCUUGUUCGACAUGGACGGCCUCAUGAUCGACUCGGAGCGCCUGUACACGGUCGCGACCAACGCCGUUCUCGCGCCGUACGGCAAGGAGAUGACGUGGGAGAUCAAGGCCAAGCUCAUGGGUCGACCAGCACACGACGCUGCCGCACGCUUGAUCGAGGCGACGGGCGUCCCGCUCUCGGUAGACGAGCUCCUCACGACCAUGGACGCCAAGCUCGACGGCCUGUUCCGCUCGGUCGAGCCUUUGCCCGGCGUCGUCAAGCUCGUGCGGCAUCUCGAGAAGCACCAGGUCCCGAUGGCUAUCGCGACCGGCUCGAAGCGCAAGAACUUUGACAUCAAGAGCGCGCACCUCGGUCACCUCUUUGGCCCGUUCACGGGCAAGAUCCUGUGCGGCGACGACCCCAUCCUCGAGGGCAAGGGCAAGCCCGACCCGACCAUCUUCAUCGAGGCGGCCAAGAUGCUCGACAUCCAUACGCCAGAAGAGCGUGCUCAAGUGCUCGUGUUCGAGGACGGCGUCUCGGGCGUCCAAGCGGCUCGUGCAGCAGGAAUGGAGGUCGUGUGGAUCCCGGACCCCGAGCUCCUCGCCUCGCUCGGCGAGCACGGCCUCGAGCCGUCACACCAGCACGAGACGAUGGAGGACUUUGACCCGGCGGCGUGGGGCCUGCCGCCGUACGACUUGUAGAGCAGCUGCACCGAGACGAUAUCGAGCCCG